AAUUUACAGUAACUAAGCCUAAGGUCAAGGGUCACAGUUCGCUGUCUCCUCUCUCUGUCUCUCUCUCUUACCUCUCCAUGAGACGAGCCAGUGCCUAGGGUUCCUCUCCCUCCAACCUUCAAAUUCCCCAUUUCUAAUCUUCUUCAAAUCUUACAUUAUCCUAACAAAGCAGGAGAACCUUACGUCUUCCAUGGCCAAAACCAGACCUGGCCUCAUCUCCAAGCCCAAAUCUGGCAAAAGAGAACUCGAUUCCUACACCAUUCGCGGCACCAACAAAGUUGUCAAAGUUGGGGAUUGCGUGUUGAUGAGACCAUCGGACACCGGGAAGCCACCAUACGUUGCCAAAAUCGAGGGGAUCGAGACAGACAGCAGAAACAAUGUCAAGGUAAGGGUGAGGUGGUAUUAUCGGCCUGAGGAGGCACUUGGUGGUCGCAGGCAGUUUCACGGCGCAAAGGAGCUCUUUUUAUCCGACCACUAUGAUGUACAGAGUGCUCAUACUAUUGAAGGGAAGUGUAUAGUUCACUCUUUUAAGAACUAUACCAAGCUUGAGAAUGUUGGGGCUGAGGAUUAUUAUUGUAGGUUUGAGUAUAAGGCUGCUACUGGAGGCUUUACGCCUGACCGGGUCGCUGUAUAUUGUAAAUGUGAGAUGCCGUAUAACCCGGAUGAUCUUAUGGUGCAAUGUGAAGGUUGCAAAGAUUGGUACCAUCCUGCAUGUGUUGGCAUGACCAUUGAAGAAGCAAAGAAGUUAGAGCACUUUGUCUGCUCUGAAUGUGCAUCAGAUGAAGAUUUCAAAAGAUCACAGAAUGGAUUUUCUUCAUCACCAGCAGCUGAUGGCAAGGUAGAAACGAAGCGACGGAAGAGGUAGAAUGCGUUUAGGGGGGGUUAACAAAUAGCAUGGGGAGACAUGGCUCUUCAUGCAGAUUUAACUUAUAGAAUGCUGUGUGGGAUGUAUAGUGCAGAGAACAGUGGCAUGCUUUGCUCAAACUAUGGGCCGUCAGUAAUUUAUGUGUGUAUCUUGUUAUAUAUGAAGCUGUUCUAGAUUUAGGACAUCAAUUCUGUUACCAAUUUGUUCAGAAAAAAGAGGCUUUAUUUUCAGCAAGGCUCAGACGUGAACCUAAUGUUUUGAGCAGACAUCUUUUGAGUUUGUGACAGUCAGUACAGUUGCUCAUUAAUUUAUUUUUCCAGAAGUAAUCUAACUUUACUUGUGUCGCA